GCCGAAGACAGCAGCGGGGGAGGAGGUGGAUACAUACAGGAUACGUGUUGGUCAAGUCCACUCUCCAUAUAUACCACUACACCACCUCGUCGCUCGGGCAGUUGCUGCUGCAGCGCUGCUCACUGUGCCGUGUCCACCUCGCGCGCGCCUCCCUCCCGUUCCCGUAUAGCGGUGGGGGCUCGGCUAGCUAACCGUGUGUGAUCGAGCGUUGCGGGGGGGAGAGGAUGGGGAAUUGCCAGGCGGCGGAGGCGGCGGCGGUGGUGAUCCAGCACCCGGGCGGGCGCGUGGAGCGGCUGUGCUGGUCGACCAGCGCCGCGGAGGUGAUGCGCGCCAACCCGGGGCACUACAUCGCGCUCGUCACGCUCCGCGUCGCCGAGGAGCGCCAGGACGGCGACGGCGGCGCGCGCCGCACCGUGCGCCUCACCCGCGUCAAGCUCCUCAAGCCCAAGGAGACCCUCCUCCUCGGCCACGCCUACCGCCUCAUCACCACCCACGAGGUGACCAAGGCGGUGCAGGCGAGGAAGGAGGAGAAGGUGAGGAAGGCGCAGCAGCAGCUGGAGGAGUCGAGGCAGAAGCUGCAGAGCAAGGCACGCGCCGCCGCUUCGGCGGCGGCGGAGGUGGAUGAGGCCGCGGAGGAGAACGACAACGACAGCGACAACUUCGACGACGAGGCGGCGUUGGAUGCGAGUCUUGAUCAGUUGGCGCGUCAGGACAGCAACCGGAGCUCCAGCGCGCGGCACCGGCAAUGGCGGCCUUCGCUGCACAGCAUCGACGAAACGACGGGGAGCUGAUGCCCUGCCAAUGGCGUCAAGCAUAGAACACGAUCAUACGAUGGUUAAUCGUCGAGCGGUGAAUCUGUAUUUUUCGGUGUUUCACCCGGCCUUGAUUAGCUUUGCAAAGGUUGGCGCGUUUGCACACUGUGAAGUUGAGUUUGACACCUCAGGAUGACAGGGCUGCUCGGGAAACUCUGGCCCUGAUGAAUCCGUGUAAAUUUUCAGGCUUUGAUGGGGCCUUGUUGUGAGGUUGCUCGUUUUUUCUUUCUUGAUACAUUUGCACCUGGAAUCAGAACAAUGUUGCUCCAGAAAAAAAGAGAAAAAAAAAGCCAGAAAAACUCUGUACUUGAUGCUCUCCUACAAAUGGGAAUCGAGCGCAUUUCAUGAUCAUAGUUUUUUAAGGAUGUUAAUCUGUUUA